AUGUCCUGGUUUCGAUUUCCACCCCAGAUCCUUGAGAGAGAUUUGAUCUCCUCCACGGGCUUCAUGUUAGCCAGCGAUUCACAGGGAGGGGCAUUCAGGCACCUGCCCUUUUCAGUUGCCAGUGGUGAAGGAAGCAGAGGGGUCGCGGACGCGCACGCGGUCGGGGUUGGCAACAAGGGGGGGUCGCGGGCACAGGGCUACGGUGAGGAGUUGGCGGCGUGGGCAAAGCCCAUGGUGGCUAGGUGUCGUGUGGUGAGAGUGAAGAUGCAAAGAGGUGGGACUGGACUUAUGGUGGUGGCCUGCAGGAUGAAGGUUAAGGGUGGUGAGUGGAAGGUUGGGAUGCGAGGCCGCAAGAGGGAAGAAAGAUCUGAGAUUCACUACGCUUCGCAUACCCAAACCCUAACUCCACGGGUGGCCAAAGCCAGCGCCGAUUCGAUGUCGAGUUUCCACGUCGGCGGCAAGGUGGUGGACCGCGUCGAUUUGCUCAGGAAAAAGCAAUUGCCGUGGCGUCUCGAUGUUUGGCCUUUUGCCGUUCUAUAUGGCGCGUGGGUUUCGGUGAUUCUUCCCAGCCUCGAGUUUGUGGAUGCGGCGAUCGUUGUAGGCGCACUCCUCGCUCUUCACAUCCUCGUCUGGCUCUUCACUGGAUGGUCCGUUGAUUUCAAAUGCUUCGCUCACUAUAGCAAGGCUAAAAAUAUUGACCAGGCUGAUUCCUGCAAGAUUACUCCGGCUAAGUUCUCAGGCUCUAAAGAAGUUGUUCCACUUCAUUCUCGGAGAAGUAUUUUGGGGGUGAGUGGUGGAGUUUGUGCAUGGAAUAUAUCUCAGGAAAACUAUCAAGUUCUGGGAGAAAUUCAAGACUUUUUUAGGACCACUUAUUGUCACACGGCAGGAUUACCUCUGGAACUCUUGCUGAAGGGGCUCAAAAUCAUUGUUUUGAAAACUGGACCUGGCGAACGAUUUGAUUUGGACUGGCUUGGUGAUUGGUUUGAACAUCAUCUCAAUUAUCGAUUGGAAUUGUGGCCUCUGGGGGCGGGGCAAGUCCUUGAAGUUCUCAAGUUUGCAGUUGAAUUUGAUAACACUGAGGAUAGUUUUCAGUCUGCAGGUUCUUCAUCAGCUGUGGAUUUGGAAGAGAACUACUUUGAUUUUAGAAAACAAUGUUUUGUGUAUUCAAAGGAGAAGGGAACUUUUUGCAAACUUUCCUACCCUACCAAAGAAACAUUUGGAUAUUACAUCAAAUGCAGUGGCCAUGGCUCUGAAGCUAAAGUUCUUGCAGCUACUGAGAAAUGGGGACGGAAUGAAGACACAUUUGAUUAUCCUCAGCCAACAUUUCAGAAAUUGAUGAAAGAGCACUGUAUGGAGCCUUUUUUCGUGUUUCAGGUUUUCUGUGUGGGUCUCUGGUGUUUGGACGAAUAUUGGUAUUACAGUUUGUUCACUCUAUUUAUGUUGUUUAUGUUUGAGUCAACCAUGGCGAAAAGUCGGUUGAAAACUCUAACCGAGUUAAGACGUGUUAGAGUGGAUAGUCAGAUCCUAAUGGUACAUCGUGGUGGCAAGUGGGUGAAACUCUCUGGUACAGACCUUUUACCGGGGGAUGUUGUCUCCAUAGGCCGCUCUUCUGGUCAGAAUGGGGAGGAGAAGUCUGUACCAGCAGACAUGCUUAUAUUGGCUGGAAGUGCAAUUGUGAAUGAAGCUAUUCUCACAGGCGAGUCUACUCCUCAGUGGAAGAUUUCAAUUGCGGGUAGAGGGAUGGAGGAGAAAUUGUCAGCAAAGCGAGAUAAAAGUCAUGUUUUAUUUGGAGGAACUAAAAUAUUGCAGCACACUCCCGAUAAGAGUUUUCCUCUAAAAACACCUGAUGGUGGCUGCUUGGCUGUUGUGCUGAGAACGGGUUUCGAAACAAGUCAAGGAAAGUUGAUGCGAACAAUCUUAUUCUCUACAGAAAGGGUGACUGCUAAUAGCUGGGAAAGUGGAUUGUUCAUUUUAUUCUUGGUUGUAUUUGCUCUUAUUGCUGCUGGUUAUGUGCUUGUUAAGGGUCUGGAAGAUCCCACAAGGAGCAAGUAUAAACUUAUACUUAGUUGUUCACUUAUUGUUACUUCUGUGAUACCUCCCGAGUUACCAAUGGAAUUAUCAAUAGCUGUUAAUACUUCUCUUAUUGCACUGGCACGGCGAGGAAUCUUUUGCACAGAGCCUUUUCGGAUUCCAUUUGCUGGGAAGGUUGAUAUAUGUUGUUUUGACAAGACAGGGACACUUACAUCUGAUGACAUGGAAUUUUCUGGAGUUGUUGGGUUGAAUGGGAGUACAGAUUUGGAAACUGAUACGAGUAGAGUGCCUGUGCGUACUGUCGAGAUCCUGGCUUCUUGCCAUGCAUUGGUUUUUGUUGAGAAUAAGCUGGUUGGUGAUCCUCUUGAGAAGGCUGCACUCAAGGGAAUUGACUGGAGUUAUAAAUCUGAUGACAAGGCUGUCCCAAAAAAGGGAAAUGGACAUCCUGUCCAAAUUGUUCAUCGGUACCAUUUUGCAUCUCACCUAAAACGAAUGGCAGUUGUUGUUCGCAUUCAGGAUGAUUUUUUCUCAUUUGUGAAGGGUGCCCCAGAAGUUAUAGAAUAUAGGCUCAUUGAUAUACCACCAUCAUAUGUUGAGACCUACAAAAAAUACACACGUCAAGGGUCUCGUGUUCUUGCUCUGGCUUACAAAUCUCUCGCUGACAUGACAGUCAGUGAAGCUAGAAACAUGGAUAGGGAUAUUGUGGAGAGUGGACUAACGUUUGCGGGUUUUGUGGUAUUUAACUGUCCCAUAAGAUCAGAUUCAGCCACUGUUUUAUCUGAAUUAAAAGGAUCAUCACAUGACUUGAAUCUAUGUGGUCAUCUUAGUGGGAAUAGGGCUUGGAUCACAUUCAAACAAGAUUUAGUAAGAUUGUCUGGGAUUACAGGAUUGGUUGUGGAAUUGGAUGACCCAAUCAUGCUGGCCUAA